CAUAACUGCUCAUGAAAUUGAACGUCGCAAUAACUCCAUUGCUCACUAUUUACUCUUCAAUUCCCUUCUUUUUCAAAUUUAAAAUUUCACUCUCACCACUCCCAUUCUCCACCUCCAGUGCUUCCCAACCACGCCGCCGCCGCCGCCGCCGCCGCAACCAUAAUGAACUCACCAUGCGCAGAGCCAAAGCUUCGAUGUAGAGUUAAAGAUUUAGUAGCAUCAUGUUUCAAUACUCGCCGCCUACCUCUAGAGGAAGAGGAAGCAGCUGACAGCAAACGGCCGCCUAAAACAAGCUUGAAAGCGUCUACUUCUUCACAUAAGAGCGGCGGCGGCAGUUGGCGGGCGGCGGCGGAGGCUGAGCCGCGCUUUGCUGAGGAAGACUACAUAGUUUUCUGCUUCGGAGAAGAUGGGGAAAUUCACAUGAUAAAUAAUGACAGAAAAUCAUCAGAAAUAUUACAACCCUGCUGCAGCGUUAGUACCACAAAGAUGAUGAAGAAUGAAGUUGAGCAGCCAAAUAUUAGUGGAAGCAAAAUGGAGUCCUCUUUUGAGUCGUGUGAUUCUAGCCUAUCAGAAACCAGCACCUGCAGCUCCUUUGCCUUCCCAGUGUUGGGAAUGGAGUGGAUAGGCAGCCCCCUUCACAUGCCCAACGCAGAAAAACGCAACGCCUGCAGGCGAUGCGCUACGCUAUGAAUAUUUUUAUUUGAACCACUCCCUAUAUAUAUAUAUAUAUACAUAAAUUGAUUUUUC